CAUCCAAACAAAAGUCAAAUCUUCAGAUUCGUACAUAUCUUUCUUUUGACCUAGGUCGUCCAUUCUUUACAGAACAACUUUACAGAUUUAAGCCCUCAGUAAAUCCUUCUAUUACCGCUCUUCAGCACCUUUAAACCAACCCAAAAAUCAAAAUAAUAUUCAAAAUGCGUUUCUCCGUUAUCGCCGUUUCCAUGUUUGCUGGUGCCGCUAUGGCUGCCACCUCUACUGACUACGUAAGUUGGACUCUACAUGAUUCGAAAGGUGUGAGUUCAUGGCGCUAAUGCACACUAGGUCACUGAGGAAGUCACCAUCACCUCUUGCGCUGCCACCGUCACCAACUGCCCGGCUCGCAGCACCCAGGUUUCCACCACCGUUUACCCAAGGCCAUCUACCACUGAUGCUUCCGGUUCCUCCGUCACCCCAGGCAGCCAGCCAUCCAACAGUGCCCCAGCAGCCUCCAGUGUUCCAGGAGGUUCAGUUCCAUCCGCAAGUGCACCAGCGGGUUCCUCCCCAUCCAGUGCUGAAGGAGUUUCCACCGUUCCAGGAGGCUCUGUCCCAUCUUCAGGGGCUCCUUCCUCCCCAGCUGGCAGUGUUCCAACUAGCAUUGCCGGUAUUCCAGGCGGAUGCAACCCAGCUCACCCAGGAUCUUGCCCAAGUUCUUACUUCAGCACCUCCACCGCAACACCAGGUGCUCCUUCCUCCCCAGCUGGCAGCGUCCCAACCAGCGUUGCCGGUAUUCCAGGCGGAUGCAACCCAGCUCACCCAGGAUCUUGCCCAAGUUCUUACUUCAGCACCUCCACCGCAACACCAGGUGCUCCUUCCUCCCCAGCUGGCAGCGUCCCAAGCAGCGUUGCCGGUAUUCCAGGUGGAUGCAACCCAGCUCACCCUGGAUCUUGCCCAAGCUCUUACUUCAGCACUUCUACCGGAACACCAGUUAACACCUUAACCCCCAUCUACGCUACCCCAUCCGCCUCUGUCAGCUCUGCUGUCGGUAUUCCUUCCGUCCCAGCUGGUUCGGUCUCCGUCAUUGCCAUCACCACCUGUAUCCCAACCGUCAUCUACUCUACCGUCACUGGCGGAGUUGAGACCGCCACCGCAGGUGUCCCAGGUAGCCCAAGUUCUCCAAGCUCCCCAAGCUCCCCAAGCUCCCCAGGUUCCCCAGGAUCUCCAGGUUCCCCAGCCAAGCCAUCUUCCACUGGAUACAUCACCGUCCCACACAACGUUUCUAGCCCAACCACCUCCACCCCAGCUGUCUUCACCGGUGCUGCUAGCAACGUUCAAGUUGGAGGCGCUGCCGUCGCUGCCGUUUUCGGUUUCGCUGCCUUCUUCUUGUAAGCAUCUGCGUAACCUCGAGUCGACAAUUUUCACGCUAUUACAUUAUAAUGGAAUUUCGGGGCUCCGAUAACAAAGCUAUCAUGGCUCGGGUCUACGAAAAGGGGAUAGAUAGAUACCUUAGGGAUGUUGAUGUUUACUUUGUUAAUUCUUAGAGUCUGGUCUCGGCAACGACAGUUUGGAUCAGAAGUUUUUUCUUCGCGCGCAUUUUUCUUACUCAUCAUUGUUGAUUUUUUUAAGUUCUGGUUAUAUACGCAUGGCAUGUAUGGAUCGUGGAAUGGGGGGAUACAUUUCUGAAUAAAUACAGGUUUUACCUGGAAACUAUUGACACAGAGUUGGAUAGCAGGCCAUUCCUCCAAUUUUGUCUUCAAGUAUACCUAAUUAAAUAGCCAGAAUUUUGAAAUUCUUUGAUUUAACCUUUUUGGGGUUUUGC